CAGGCAGGAGCUGCAGUGCAGCCGUGUUAUCCCCCCCAAGGGGUAAUCUCAAUACUUGUCUGAGACUGGCAUAUUCACAUAGGGCCAUCAGAUUGGAGAUAGGAGGGGUGGCAAUGAAGAUGCCAAACCCAUGAGUAUGGUUGCCCCGGAGGCACAAUGACGGUCCCCUUACUGAAAAUCGGGGCCGUGCUCAGCACUAUGGCAAUGGUCACCAACUGGAUGUCACAGACAUUGCCAUCACUUGUGGGUCUCAAUGGUACCAGACCUGGCACCUCGGAGAAAAUUACUCUCUUUCCAAGUCCUGAAGACGGUUGGCAAAUUUACACAUCAGCGCAAGCCCCAGAUGGCAAAUGUAUCUGUACAGUGGUGGCCCCUGCGCCAACAACUUGCUCCAGAGACCCUCGGAGCCGACAACUGAGAAAGCUGAUGGAGAAGGUGCAGAACAUAUCUCAGUCUAUGGAAGUAUUGGAUUUACGGACCUUUAGAGAUCUUCAGUAUAUUCGGAACACAGAGUCCUUAAUGAAAGUUUUGGAUUCUAAGCUAAGAGCCACAGACAGCCAGAGAAGUAUUAAUGCCAAAAGCUUUCAGGAGCUGAAGGAUAAAAUGAAGCAGCUUUUACCCCUUAUCCCGAUACUUGACCAAUACAAAUCGGACACCAAGGUAAUCGUACAGCUGAAAGAGGAGGUGAGGAACCUCUCUGCUGUCCUUCUCAUGAUACAAGAAGAGAUGGGGGCAUAUGAUUACGAGGAACUAUCACAACGAGUCAUGGUUUUGGAGGCCAGGUUACAUGCUUGUAUGCAGAAGCUAGGGUGUGGAAAACUAACAGGUGUCAGUAACCCAACCACAGUACGUGCUUCAGGGUCAAGGUUUGGAUCUUGGAUGACGGACACUAUGGCUCCAAGUUCUGAUAACAGAGUCUGGUACAUGGAUGGUUAUUUCAAGGGUCGUAGAGUCUUGGAAUACAGAAGUCUCAAUGAUUUUAUCAAAGGCCAAAACUUCAUUCAGCAUCUUCUUCCUCACCCUUGGUCUGGAACUGGGCAUGUGGUAUACAAUGGUUCUCUCUACUACAACAAGUACCAGAGCAACAUUGUGGUAAAGUAUCAUUUCCGGUCACGCAGUGUCUCUGUUCAAAGAAGUCUUAACAACGCUGGCUACAACAAUACAUUCCCUUACUCCUGGGGUGGCUUCUCUGACAUUGACUUCAUGGUGGAUGAAAACGGGCUCUGGGCAGUUUACACAACCAACCAGAAUGCAGGAAACAUCGUGGUAAGCAAGCUGGAUCCUCAAACUUUGGAGAUCCUCCAGACAUGGGACACUGGAUUCCCAAAACGUAGUGCUGGAGAAUCCUUCAUGAUCUGCGGCACCCUCUACGUGACCAAUUCUCAUUUGGCAGGAGCCAAGAUCUACUUUGCAUACUACACAAAUUCAUCUACUUAUGAGUACACAGAUAUUCCAUUCCACAACCAGUAUUCCCACAUAUCAAUGCUGGACUACAACCCACGAGAGAGAGUUCUUUACACUUGGAAUAAUGGUCAUCAAGUUCUGUACAAUGUUACCCUGUUUCAUGUUAUAAAGACUUCUGGGGAAUGAUGUUGACUAUAUUGGACAAUCAUCCCACCUUUUUUUUUUUCCUUUGUUUACUUAUUUUUACAGUCUAAUAUUUCCUGUUAUUUCUAUGAAACACACAGAACACAAAAAAGACUUUCACGUGGUUGAGUGAGCAUGGUAUCAAAUUAACUUUUUUUUUCCUGGUGACAAAUAAAUACAAUAUUUGACAUUG